AAACUCCGAUUUCCGUUUUUGGACACGUGUUCAGCAACCGACUCUCUAUCCCAGCGCGACGCGUUUUGCAUGAUCUGCGAUUCGUGAACCGUCGCAAGUUAACUUACAAAUUUCACCGCCUCCCGCCACUUUCCUCGUUUGUAAUAAUUCAAAUUUUCGUCCAGUUACCAAGUUUCUUCAUAAGCAAACUCAAAGCUCUCAUUCGCUCAUUCACUUUCUCUCUCUACUCUCUCUCUCUCUAACUUCCGAUUUUCAUUUUUCUCUCCGAGAAAAGUGCAACAAUGGUCGUCGCACAGAAGGUGAAGGAAGCAGAGAUCACCGAGCAGGACUCGCUUCUUCUGACGAGGAACUUGCUUCGUAUUGCUAUAUUCAAUAUCAGUUACAUCAGAGGCCUGUUUCCGGAGAAGUACUUCAAUGAUAAGUCUGUUCCUGCUUUAGAGAUGAAGAUCAAAAAGCUCAUGCCAAUGGAUGCGGAAUCUCGCAGGCUUAUUGAUUGGAUGGAGAAAGGUGUAUACGAUGCAUUGCAGAAGAAGUACCUGAAGACGCUAUUGUUCUGCGUGUGCGAAACAGUUGAAGGACCAAUGAUUGAGGAAUACACUUUUUCUUUCAGUUACUCAAAUUCUGAAAGCCAGGAGGUUUCAAUGAAUAUAAGUCGCUCUGGGAACAAGAAAAAAGAGGGUGGAACAUUCAAGUGCAACUCCACAGCAGAAAUAACUCCCAACCAGAUGAGGAGCUCUGCGUGUAAAAUGGUCCGCACAUUGGUUCAAUUGAUGAGAACUCUUGAUAAAAUGCCAGAAGAGCGAACCAUAUUGAUGAAGCUCCUAUACUACGAUGAUGUGACGCCAGCGGAGUAUGAGCCUCCAUUCUUCAGGGGCUGCUCUGAGGAAGAAGCUCGUAAUGCAUGGACCAAGAAUCCUUUGAGAAUGGAGGUUGGGAAUGUAAACAGCAAGCAUCUUGUAUUAACGCUGAAGGUAAAAAGCAUCCUUGAUCCUUGUGAGGACGAAAAUGAUGAUAUUCAAGAUGAUGAAGUGAGCUUAGGAGCUGAUUCUAUGCAAAGGGAUGAUUAUUCGGGAUCUGAUUCUGACAGUGAGGUUAACCAAUCACAAGACGAUCAUUAUAUAGUUGCUCCAGUAGAUAAGCAACAACCACAGAAAGAUAACAGCACACCACAGGAAGAUGACAGCAUGGUUGAUGAAGAUAACACUCAGGAUUCAGUGCAAGAUGAACAUCAAUUGGCUCGGAUAAAGGACUGGAUCAGUAGCCUCCACCUUGACACUGUUGAACUUACUGAUGUUCUCUCAAAUUUCCCGGACAUCUCAGUGGUUCUGACUGAAGAAAUUAUGGACAAGCUUGUCAUAGAAGGUAUUCUAUCAAAACCUGCAGGGGACACUUACACUAUCAACAGGCCGAAGAAGCCUGAUUAUGAGUUCACUAUGGUGAAAGAAGAAACGGAUGCUCAAGUACCAGUUGCUGACAAAACUUUAAAGGUUAAUGAUCUCAUGUACACAAAGGCGCUGUAUCAUGCUCUCCCAAUGCAGUAUGUGACGGUUACAAGGCUUCAGAACAAGCUCGGUGGAGAAGCAAAUCAGACUACUGUGCGCAAGUUCAUCGAUAAAAUGGCACGAGAGGGUUUUCUUGAAGCCAAAGGCAACCGAAGGCUAGGAAAGCGUGUGAUCCGUUCUAAGAUCACCGAGAAAAAGCUGAAUGAAGUGAAGAAAGCUCUGAACAAUGAUGCAAUGGAUGUUGACAACACUGAACCAAAUAACAAGUCCAGUCAUCCAGAUUUCCAUACAAUGGGAAGCAGCAUCAGGGACACAUCCAUAUGCGGUGCCCUCCACUCCAUUGGAUCAGAUCUCACACGCAUGAAACUAAGAUCGAACGGACCUCAAUACAGUCCAAUGAGGAGUGAGCAGACUGCUUCAAAGACAAAGGAGCAUCCAAACACUCCCACAAGCAGGGCUGAGCCGGUGACUUCAAGGGAGAGCUUCGUGCCGGGAAAGGAUAACGGCAGGGUAAAUGGUAACACUGAUUACUGUGAUGAUGGGGACAGAGUGAUCUGCAGUGGGAGGUCUAGCCAAGACAAGCGGUCGAGGAAAACAAGCACGGUGAAGGAGCCAAUUCUUCAGUACUUGAAGCGCCAGAAGUCUCAAGCCGUCUGAAAAUUUCCAGCAUUUGCUGUCUGUCCGCCGGACUCGACUUUCCGAUACUCGCGGAAAGUUAAGGUGUAAAUUUUUACGGUGAUUAGGAGUAUAAUGUGGUAAACUGGGGAUUGGUUUUGCCCAUCCACACUUGCAUUUUCCUAAACCAAGGUCUUUAAGGAUAUGACGAUGAUUGAGUGGAA